AUGUGGCAUAAAAUUGGACCAAGUACUCGGGAUUGGGGUUCUUUCGCUAAAGGCGCAGGAGCACCCACAUCCUUGGGAGAUCGCCUGAAGAAGCGAAUGGAUCUUGUCAUCGCUAUCAGGGAAAAGUUGAAGGAAUAUCGCGAUGCUCUUAUCAUGGAGUCCACCAUACUUUUGCUGAGGAGGCCAUCACGACAAGCCCAUGAUGCUUUUAUUCGAAGGUUCUGGGAUGAACGGAAUGGCGAAAGGACCAUCCCAACACUUGACGGAUAUAGUGAAUCUCUCUAUGAAGAUCGAAAAGACUUGCUAGUUCUGAAGCGGGCAGAAAGCGAGGAUCGACUCACACAACUACUGCGAAAAUUCUGUCCACGGCUGUUCAAGAUUGGCCGUCGUCAAAAUGGUGGAUCAGAUAUCGAAUAUAUUUCGGCCCAUCGCAUAUCGAUGGUUGUCAACGUGAUCACAGUCUUGCUGGCGGCCACGUUGCUCUUCGGCGCCAUAUACAAUUUGUACUAUGUGCAGCGAGGCAUCAGCCUCAUCUCCAGUGCGCCGAGAGCGGAGAUUUUUGGAGCAUGCGCGGCGUAUGCUGCUGUUCCCGUCGUCUUUUUGAGCGGCAAUCUUGGAAAUACUGGUGAUUCUGGGUAG